AGACAUACUGAGGCAGUUUUUAUACAGUACAGCUAAAGAUAGCAGAAACAGAACGAUGAUAAGGAAAAUGGCUGUUGCGAGCUUGUGUUUCCAUUUGUUUUCCCGAACCAGGCAAGUGACUAUUUAGAAGAAAUAUCUCUCACCGAUGAGCGUAACAGAUGCAUUCGUUAAUCACAUAUACCAGACACAGACGCGAGCCAGUAUCCGCAUUCUCACAAACCAGUCUUUUGAAGAACCCUGUUAAUAUGCCAAGACAUCGUGGAGUGUCGGGGAAAAAAUCCAUUGGCAUAAUAAAUGAAAUGUAUACUCCGUGUGUCGAACUUCAAUCGGUGCGCACGAGUUUAAUAAGUGCGCUUUGAUGUUUCACUGGCGCGCACGGGCGAAUAAAACAAAGCGCGCUGAUAUGAGGGGGAUACCCACUGAAAUGCACUUAUUUCUAAAUGCCAUUUCUUAAAAGGGUUGUGACGUAGCCCGUGUGCGCACACUUUCUAUAGUCUUGACGCAGUGUUUGUUGUGACAGUAUGCGAGGAAGGCUCAGCGCACCGGCUGCACUGUUGCAUGCACGUCGAGUGGUUAAUUAUUUUACCGCAUUCAACUGCAGUUCCCCCUCCACGCACGCACACACACACACACGCACGCACGCUCGCAGAGGAAAAAGGGAAACAAGCUCGACACCUGUGCUGUGUGGAAUACUUUCCACGUCGCCAAAAUGCGCGGAAACAGGAAUAUCGUGUCGGAAGACUGUGAAAAUGCGCCAUGCUGUCUACUUUGAAGACGUUUCCAUCUGCGGACGGAGGUAAACGCAGAACGGAGUGGAUGUAACAACCAUGCACGGACUAAAACCGAAAGGUCUCCUGAAAUGAAAUGAAACGAAUCUAAACCCUUCGGAAUCAUUUCCAACAGUUUACGCGGUCAGCCUUUUUCUUUCACUCAUCCGAUGGGUUUUUGCCUUUGUAGCUCAGCAGAGGGUGUUAGAUCUACCAGCGAGCACCGAGCCGAAAAGUGCAGAGUCUCACAGCGACCGUCUUCGUGACCGGAAAGCGUUCAGCGCGAGCCCGUGGAAGGGAAACUGAGGAUGUAAAAUGCACGGAUUUAUCUGACGGCGACGCGUUGCGAUCAGCGUCGGUGCGGGGUGUGAUUUCAGCACCACGGGAGAAAGAACAGCUCCCGCGCGCGCCGCGGAUAUGUGAAAUGCACAAGGUCAGUUUGAUUUAUAUCGCGCAACGCCGAAUCGUUGAGUUGAGGAUGCUUUGAGACUGUUUCGCGGGCAGCACGAGAUGGGGACGCGAUGAAAAAGAGGUCGAUUUUUCUCAGUCUCCGUCUGGGCAUAGCAUGGAUGUGAUCACAGAGUGCCCUCUGCUUCUUUAGACUGGAGAUAGAUCUCGCUUACUUCCCUGUCGCCGAUCUUAUUCAUGUCUUGAUGUCGGGGAUGAUUUUGGCGUAUUGAAAAUGCUGUUUUGGAUUGUGUUGCUGAAGGCGGCUCUUUGUGUAGCUAUUGGAAAUGUUACAAGAGACGUGUGUAAGGAGCAGAUCUGCUCUUGCAACGCAGUCGAAGGCGACUUGCACAUUGACUGCGAGAAAAAAAGCCUCACCAAUCUGCACCAUUUGACGGGUCCGAGCUCUCAGUUUUAUCACCUACUGCUUCAUGGGAAUUCGCUGUCCAGGCUGUUCCCGAACGAGUUCGCCAACUUUUACAAUGCCGUUAGCUUGCAUUUGGAGAACAACGGCUUGCACGACAUCGUGCCGGGCGCUUUCCUGGGACUGCAGCUAGUCAAACGGCUGCACAUCAAUAACAAUAAGAUACGCUCUUUUAAAAAGAGUACGUUCCUCGGUUUAGACGACCUGGAGUACCUUCAAGCCGACUUCAACCUACUGAGGGACAUCGACCCGUCGGUGUUCAGGGACCUGAGUAAGCUCGAAGUUUUAAUCUUAAACGACAACCUCAUUAGCGCGCUUCCCAUUAACGUGUUUCAAAACGUCCCCAUAACGCAUCUCGACCUGAGGGGGAACCGAAUCAAAACGUUGCCCUACGAGGGGAUUCUAGAGCAGAUACCUGGGAUCGUGGAGGUUCUGCUGGAGGACAACCCGUGGGAUUGCAACUGCGACCUGGUUUCCCUGAAGGAAUGGCUGGAGAACAUCCCGCAGAACGCGCUCAUCGGAAGGGUCAUUUGCGAGGCGCCCACUCGACUGCAGGGGAACGACUUAAACGAAACGGCCGAGACGGAGCUGUGCCCUUCAAAGAACGGCAUGGAUUCGAGUCUGGCCGCGCCACCCACCCAGGACGAGAGCCCCGAUCGCGGCCCCCGUCCCACGCCCUUUAAAACAACCGGCGGGAUGACGGAGUCCCAUAGUGCUGGGGGAGGCCAUCACAGGGGGCGUCCGAAAGCGAGGGAGAAUUGGCAAUUGAAAACCAAGCCCACGGCGAUGGCAACGGGGGCAGUCGAAAGAGACCCGCCGUCCAAUUCGACCUGUCCCCAGUCGUGCAGUUGUAAACUAAUCGGAACCAGGCAAGGUCUCGGGGUUACCUGCGAGGGCAAAAAAAUUGAGAGCGUGGCUAAUCUCAGACCCAAACCGCUGGGCGCGCACGAGUUAAAUCUGCGCGACAACAACAUUCAUAGCGUCAAAAGGAAUCAACUUAGAGGCUACCACAGCUUGAAUUUGCUCGACCUGGGGGGGAACAACAUCAAAGUGAUCGACAAUGGCACUUUUCACAAUCUGACCGAGCUGAGGUGGCUUUACAUGGACAAAAACUAUGUGGAUAUGCUAAUGGCCGAGAUGUUCGUUGGACUUCAAAACCUGGAGUAUCUCAGUUUGGAAUAUAACGACAUACAGCUCGUCAUGCCGGGCACCUUCAGCCCCAUGCCCAGUCUAAGGGUGCUCUUCUUAAAUAACAACUUGCUCAAAUCUCUCCCCGUGGAUGCCUUCUUGGGGGUUUCUUUGUCGAAAAUAAGCUUGCAUAACAAUUAUUUCACACAUCUGCCGCUGCAGGGCGUCUUAGAUCAGCUCAACUCAAUUAUCCAGAUCGAUUUGCACGGGAACCCGUGGGAAUGCUCGUGCAAAAUCGUCCCCUUCAAACAAUGGACAGACAAGCUCGGAGCAGAUGUCAUCGUGAGCGACCUGAAAUGCGAAUCCCCCGAGAGCUUCUGGAAACGGGAUUUCCGACGCAUCAGAAACGAUUUGAUGUGCCCCGAGCUCUACGAAAAGAUCUCCCCCACCUCCCUCUCCAAAAACAGCACUUUCCCCGCAGACACGGGCACGCGCCCCAACUCCUAUCUGGAGCCCAGCAGAGUGUCCAUAUCGGUGCUCGUGCCCGGUCUUCUAUUGGUUUUCGUGACGUCUGCCUUCACCGUGGUCGGAAUGCUCGUCUUCAUACUGCGCAACCGCAAGCGAUCGAAACGGAGAGAUGGGAACUCUUCUGCGUCAGAGAUCAAUUCUUUACAGACAGUUUGCGACUCGUCCUAUUGGCACAGUGGAGCUUAUCACGCGGACGGACCCCAAAGAGGUUACGACUGUGGCACGCACCCCCUCUCCGACAAAUGAUGCUCACCGUGCGCAAAAUACACAGACGGACCCAUAAAUAAAAUGCGUUGCGCGCGUACGUGGCAGUGACAAUGGAAAGCCAACUAUAAACAUUCAGCCUCUGUGGGAAAAUAUCCUAUUUUUUCUUCGCUUCUGUUGAGUGCAGCGUCCAUGAAACACUGCAAUGGGGCCCACUGUUAUAUAUAUAUAAAUAUAUAUGUAUAGAGCCCCCUCUCCCCCUGUAUUUUUCCUACCUGUUCAGACUGCAAACGUGAUGACAAGAAGACGUGAAAAGGUGCACGAGCGCAUGAAUGUAAUGUAAAUAAGGGACUGUAAUAUAUCUGCAUGAUUCGCAUGGUCUCAACACACACUGGGAACCAUUACCACAGUAUCAAGGAAGCUGACGCGACCCUUCUUUCGUGUUAUCAAUAUAUAUAAAUAUAAAACUAUAUAUGACUAUAUUAAAAGUGCCAUUUCUACUAUUUUUUUUUUUGGUCGGUUAGAUUUGUAUUUGCCGUUUUACUUCUCGAAGGCAGACAGGCGCGCGCAGGUGCAGAUGCAUGUAAUUUUCCGUUUUAUCGGUUGAUUGUUGGUUGAUUUGGGGAUUAUUUAUACCUUUUUUUCCCGAGCAGAUUUCUCACGCUAUCUGCCCAGUCAUCUUCUUUAUGAAUGUAAAAUGUGUUUAUCUUAUAGUGUGCCAACUGUUGACAUCUUUGGGAUGCGCAUAAGCGAUUCGAGUCACAGACGUGCUUAUGCUGCGAAAACUCAAUGCAGCUCCAGUGGUUCGUCAUCUUGUGUGUCGAGGAGAUUUUUAAUGGCAUAUUUUUCAGAACGUUCACUUGAAAGGAUUUGGUUUGAUGGGUCGCAGGGUGCACAUAAACUAAGAUGCCUUUAUUUUAAUUUAUUAUGAUCGUUGUUUUUAAGGGAAAUGAAGUAUUCCUUCACAAAAGCAGCCUAUUAUUAUUCACUGUAAGUAUUGUGAGCUUUUGUAAAGCCAUCUAUUUUGUCCAAAUAUGAGAAGGGAACUGGAAAGCUUUGGUACUUGAUAUGGUGUACAUAUAUGAGAAAACAUUGCCUCUAGAUGUCGCUGUUGCCUCUCGAGCCUAUGAAAAUCAUGCUGGGAGGUGAAGUUCAAAUUUGUGUAGGCCAAGCAAGACCUGCUUAGACAUGAUCAACAUAAGUAGGCCUAAGUGAGUCACUGUGAUGGCUCGGAUAGAAUUCGCAGUCGGUACAAAUGUACAGGAAACGAGUUGCACAGCGUUUCCAAAAUGCCAUUUUUACAAACAAGAUGUAUGUGGCGGUGCAAUGCAUUAUUUUAAAUGUCACUCUUGAUAUUCCACUGUAAUGAUUUCACAAGCAAACAGAACAGAAAACAGAAAACACGCUCAAAUAAUGGACCAAGCAGCCAUGCUCAUGAAGAAAACUUAGUUUUUUUACAUUGUUUUUAAGAUCAAAGAUGUUGGCUGAUGCUUUCAAUUGGGUUUACUGAAUAAUACAACAAGCAACAGCGAGCCUGUGAAAUGUCCAUUUAAUAUCCAAAAGCCGUUUCCUGCGGAAAGGGUGGAAAACACGUGCGGUGGAAAUGCUUUUCUCUCUUACCUGUCGGUUUGAUUUAGGUUGCACACAACAAUGUCGGUAGAACCUCAAUUCAACGUCCCGAUGGAGUUGCUGUCAUAUGACAAUGGUUGACUCUAAUGUAGACUCAGGAGAGAUGUGUGUUGUGACUCAUGCUGCACAUAUAUACGCAAAGAAAAGGAAAAAUGCAUCAGUGCUCCCCCCAAAAUUGAAGGGUGACCUUGGGGUCUGUUAUUUCUGUUAUACCGGUUAUGGCUGUCCAUCAUUUCCAAGCAUCUUUCUCUCCUUCUCUUUCUCUCUCGCCCUGCAUUGAAUGGUGAUUAUUUGUCACUCCACUGUGAAAGACUGUACCCCAUUCUGGCUUCUAUCUACUUUAUUUGGUGCAUUUCCCCGACGGUUUGUCUCAGAGUAACAUUUCUAUGCUUUGCUACAUUUGAUCUGCUUCUAUUUUGUUAAAUAAAAUGUGGUGGAGGUUGAGUAAAGCUACAGCGGGUAGAUUCUGUUUUGUUUGUCAAUCUAAUGAUGUCAUCAUCAUCCUCUGAUGUUGAAUGCUGAAACUCUCGGGGUUAUACGUCUUGAAAGGCAUUACAGGUUGAGCACCAGUUGAACGACACAAGCUUACAAACGUAAGGAGAUUGAUGGUGUUAUUGAAUUAAUUCAAUGCUGACGGCACAGAUACAGUGCUGGAUGAAUUCUGGAUAGAUUUCAGAUGUUGUUGCAGAACAUUGGACUAACACAAGACUGUCAUUAUACAAAACUGCCAAAAAUAUAUUCAGAUCUUGCUUAUGAAGAUAAAUGAUGGUUUUAGUAUGGUAAAAGUUUAUUUUGGAUUUUUGGUGAAUUAACAUUGUCAUUGGUGAUACUAUGUGUCUUCCCAUAGUUUUAUUAAGUGAGAUACCGUUGAAUUGGUAGUUGCUAUGGUUUUACUACAAAUACUAUAGUAAAACCAUGAUUUAUUUUCAUAGGGGGAAACAUCACCCUGCUGAAAGAAAAAGUAAAUUCUAAUGGUUUCUAUUACAAAUACUGUUAUGAACCAUCCACUGUUUGCCAUUAAAACCAUUUAGUUGUGUUCCAUUGGAUUGAAUGGCAUUCCACCAGAUAGCAUCGCAGCAAUAAAACCCAACACAAUAUUAUACUAGUAGAAUCUUAAUAUUGACACAAUGCCAAUUGUAGAAAGGGCUAGAACAUAUGUAUCAUUUAAUCACACUGGUUGUUAUGUUUGACAGUGAGAAAAAAUACAAAACAUCACAGAAUGACCAUCAAAAAAAGCCUCACUCUCUGAUGUUUGUGCUGGCAAAACGAUGUCACUUCCUGUGGUUGUCACUAAGGAACUGGCUUUUGUUGAUAUUGUAUUGUAUUAUUUAAGUUUUUGAAGAUGGAAAUCACAUACGGUAGUUUACUUUAAUUCCCAAUUUUGCAACUUCUCGUUUCGUUUCAUAUCCCUUUAAAUCACUUUGUUGUUUUCCUCACUCUUGUAAGUCGCUUUGGAUACAAGUAAACCAGGUAAAUCAUUUUAAUACCCAUAUUGGUUUAAACAGAUGCUCAAUCUUUCUUUGAAUUUAUCCCUGUAACCCAUUCUGUAUAUGACACUGAAGACCAACACAAAGUGUUUUAAGGUUUAUUUAACAAGUGCGGGUGUAAGAUAUAUACACAAAAAGUCAGAAUAACUCUUGUUUGCAACUGGCAUGUCGGAGACAGUAUUGCACUGCUGUUUUGCAUAUUUCUUUGAUGUGAAAAUAUAGGUCAUACUCUUAAGGCAACGUUUUCAUCAUCACUGUUGAAACACACUCCGAUUCGCUGAAACAACAAACUGUGAACUCACAAGCAAGGACAUGCAAAGUCAUUUUUUGAAGUUUAAAUACGUAUCUCCAAACUUUGAGGCGGUAAUGUUGAUUUUCUGGGUUGAUAAAUAGAAAAUAAAUCAACGUUCUGAAUGAAACCCAACAGGGACAUGAACUCAUGAAUGGUCUGCUUAACUACAUCAUCUCAUCGUGUUGGAUUAAAAUGAUCCGAUUGUCAGUAAGCAAGUAUCAUCCAAGAUUCUGUUCUUUAAGCAUUGCUUCAAUGUUGUACAUCGUGAAGCAUCCAUCCCUCUGGUGAGAGCCACUCAUCUCUGUGGUUUCCUGUUUUUCCCACCUUAACAAAUGAAGUCCCGUCACCUCCUGCCAGAGCAAGAAACCCCCUCUCUCUCUCUCACGGGCGGUUCUUGUCGAUUUUUUAACAGGUCCCUCAUUCUUCAAUGGCAGGGGAGUUUUACAGUCACUUUUUUCACCUGAGAAAAUAUAAUUGGUCUGUUAUGCAAUAAAUAAACACUUUCAAUCACAUUACGUGGCCUACAUGCCGGUGUGGCGCGUUCAGAACUCAAAUCAAGCCUGGUGGAGGCCCAGAGAAAACACGGUGCAUUAUAACAUCAGUUCUGCACCUGAGGUUUUAGAAUUUGCAGAGCUAGUCUGAAGUGGGCCAAGGUUACACUAUACUGUACACAAUUCAACCUAAAAACUGUAGUUCAAAAACUGACUUACAUAUGUAUUCUAAAUCAAAUUGGCUUUACAAGUCACUUAAAUGUAUAAGUUACACAAAAUAAAAGUCAGUUUAAUGUAUAUAAGUUAGAUGACUUGUUUUAAGGCAGUUCAGUUUAACAUCAAAUUAAGGCAGCUUCUAAACUAGUCUUUUUAACAAUAAUGUUUACAAUGUACUCAAAUGCAACGUGUCAGAAGAAGAUCAGAUUUAAAUGCUUUCAGUUUGAAUGGACAGAUACAAGAAGCAUUGUCUAAUCUGUUUAUAUUUUUAUUGUGUAUAUGUAAUAAUUAUUUUGUAUUUAAAAAGAUAGAAAGCACUGUAGGUAGGUAGGUUUAGGUAGGGGGUCUACAUACACUUGUAAAAUGCUUCGCUAUUGAGUAACAACUAUUGGUUCAUUUAUAACCCUAUACGGGUUAUAUAUAUAUUUGACCAAACAAUGGGAUUAAAACAACCCAGAUUUUUUCCCAAUGUUGUAUUUAAAAUACUCUACAAUCAAGUUUUUAUAAAUCAAGAUUUUAUAAUGACCCAAAAAGUAUAUGGACUCUGUUGCACUCUACAAAAUAAUGCGUUAUAUAAACCCAGAAUCGGGUCAAAAAUAGACAAACCUAACAGUUGGGUUAUAAAUGAACUGAAUUAAUUAUUUCAAUUGAUGUUUCAACUGAAUAUGCUGGGUUUUAACCCAAUGUUCGGUCAAAUAUAAACAUUUUCCUGGUUAAUUUAACCCAAGGGUUGGGUUUGUCCAUUUUUGACCCAACGAUGAGUUGAAACAACCCAACAGUUUCAAAGAAAUAUUUUUGUUUAUGCAAAUAGACAACUGAUCACAUUUCAAUAAAUGUACACUGUAAAACAUCCUUGGUUGUUUUAAAUCAUGAUCUUAUCCAUUUUUAGGACUGUAUGCUUUCUUUAUGCCUCAAAAUAAUUUUUCCUCUAAGGUUAAAAAGAAUCAUAUUUAAUUUACACAAAAAGACCAAUAUUAUCCCAGUUGUACUAAGAGUAUCAUGAAUUUCAAACAUUUUGUUUUGAUGAGGUUAUUUCAGGCAGUGCUUAAAAUGGGCUGCAGGUUCAUUCACGCUGAAAAAAAGAUUUGACGACUGCACUGGAUUACAAACAUAUCAAACCAACAUGCAUUUAUGAUUUAAAAAAAGGAACCUUGAUCUAAAGACACUGAUUACGCUUGGACAUACAGACGGUGAAUGAGACCGUGACAAACUCAUGAGCAUUUCGGGUCUACGCUCCUCCAAGGUGUGUUUGUUCCCUUUACGCUCUGAUUGAACGCCUCGUUGAUUGAUUUUUGCUAUUUUUCCCCCUUACCAUCCCAGCACUAAUGGGAUUCAAAGGAUUUGGGUUUGGUCCUUGAUGACCAAUGAAUCAAUAAAUUGUUCAGCAAGGACAAACUGAUUGUUUCUUUCGAGCUAUGCAUCUUAGCCCAAGAAGAUCUAAAGGUGCAAGUACUGUGUCGAAUGAGUUGGUGCUGUAUAUACUGUAUACUGCAUACAUGAAAGUUGAAAUGCUUUCAUUGUCUAUUCUGAUAUUUUAUUUCAGAUGUGUUAUUUGUGGUAGAGCAUUGCUUACGUAUGUUGAGUCACCUCAACCACUUGAGCUUCUCUCAAGAAUGGUCCUGCCACGUACAUUUUCACCGAGCAUUCUGUUUUGCAAUGAAUGUCAGAAUCAUUAAUGCAUGCUGGUUUGUGAGGUUUCUGGCGGCUUUCCCCACUCUAAUCCACCGCUGCGAGCUGUUUUCCACAAAAGGAGCCAACCUCAUUUCACAGGACUCAAGCAAAGGCCUUAGAUGCCUUUUUGAGAGCCAUCAAGUUCAAGAUGAGAGUAAGGAAUUGCUCUGUGCUGAAGUGCUGGUGCGCGAGGUAUGAAGAUCAUAGGAGGGCAGAACAUUAAGCCGAGGGUCUUUUAUGAGGUUGGCCGUGGAGGCAGGUGCUUCUGAUGGUGGUGGCUUUUAUAUUGGCGAUCAGCGGUCACAGCUGUUGGGACCUUCAAAAGUAAAACAUUAAAAAAAAUUUGUAAAGCUGUUUUCCAAUAAUGCACAUUCAUUCAACGGAAUUGAAAAUUAAUGAAUAUUUUUGAUUAUUAUGAACACUUAUGAUAGCGAAAAAAGUAAAUAUGUAAAUGUUGUAUAUAGAUUAAAUUUACAUUUAGUCAUUUAGCAGACGCUUUUAUCCAAAGAUUAUUCUUUUUUUUUAAAGAAAUUUGUCAUUAGACUCAUCAUAAUAAUGCUAGGAGUGGAUUCCAUGACGUUUAGUAUAUGCUUGCUAGGUAGUUAUACCAGCAAAAGACUAAAGAUGCAUCCGAAAUCACAUACUGUGACAGUACGUACUAAAUGUGAAUAAGUACCUACCUAUCGACCGUUAAAUCAGUACGUUCUAUACAGUGGCGUCGCUAGGCCCUUUUUAGGUGGGCUUUAGCCACCCUACAUUUCUAGCUUAGUCCCCCUAAAAUUGUGAGUAAUUAUGUAAUUUGUACAGGAAUUCGAGAUUGCUUUUAAAGGUCUCCUCAGACGAGCACUUUCAACAAGUUGGUAUGAUUUAUUAGGGUCUUCAUGAAAUGUCUGGAACAUAUUUCACUCAAUGGCUGUGUAAACAAAACCCUUCUUGCCUCGUCAAAAACAGCUCUGCUCCCAGCAACCUGUUUUGGUGCAUGUCUCUUUAACUGAUAAUGAGUUACAGCGAACCCCACCCCCUACUGUCCAGUGGGUCAACACAACACACGUGUAGUGGCAAUGCUUUAGCUAAAUGAUAUUUCCUGAAUUCCUUUGCGGUUAGUUUCGUCUUAAAUGUCUCAAAUCAUUCGUCCGGAGACAAAAAAAUCAGUCACAGCAAACAGCGCAUCCUAAUGCGCUUACGUUGUGCGUGUAUUUGUUGUAGCGGAAUUACAUGUGCAUAUGCUCUUUGACCUAUGACGUGUUAACAACAACCUAGGCGUUGGUGAAAACAUAAUUGUCACGAGAAAUUCAUUUGUAUGUACUCACAUUUGAGAAACGGACAUCUGCCUAAACGUUUUCACGCUAUUUUUAUUUGAUUAACUUUUACAUUUGACUGUUGCUCAGCUCCCGUGGCAUCAUGGGAUAGGUGAUUCUCACGAAACCACUGAAAUAUCAUGGCAGUAAUGAUUUACAUGAUAAAACAUCCAAUUUGGUGAUACAAAAAAUGGUCACAAUAAAGAUAAAUGUGUUCUCUACAUUGGACAAAACAUAAUUUUGACAUAGGAAUUAAUUAUUAAUGUAUUUUAUUGCUUUUUCUGCUAAAAUUCUCAUAACCGUAACGCAUCCCUAUUUGUCUGAGUGCAUUAUACAGUAUGUUGUAAUUUAAACCGAGUGAAAUUAAAAUAUUGUGAAAAAAACAAUUGGAUGUUUUACUAGAUGUUCUUAAAUGACAAAAAAUGACCAAAACAUGAUUAACAGAUAUUCUUAUCCUCCGUAACGUUUAAAAAAAAUGUUAUGUGAAGAAAACCCAAAUAACAAGUUUAAUCGAUAUAUUCUCGGCACACAAACCGAAUGCGCACGCGUCGAAGUGCUCUCGUGAAGUGCACCAUAGACUGACAAGACUAAAGUCUUAAAGUCGUUAUUUUGGUUUAGUUUUCGAACAUAAAGUAUUGUCGUCGCUUCAAAUUUUUUUUAUUGAGCCACUAUGAGCGGAUCGACCAUUUAACGAAGUACUUUUCUGGACCUUGACAAAAACUAUAAACAUGAGGCCUGGAAAUCUCUCGGAUGUCACCUAAAAUAUCUUUAUUUGUGUUCUGAAGACAGCGAGAGGUCUCAAAACAUGUUUAAUGUCAUGUGGGCGAGUAAAAAAUAACACAAUUUUGAUUUCAAGGUGAACUGAAAGGUGAACUGAAAGACAUUUUUCAUGUAUACUAUUCUGUUAAAAUAUUAUUCAUUAAUGUCUUAUUAUGUAGGAAUAAUAAAAACUU